AUGCAACUUCUUUCAACACAUCUUCUUUUAUUAACUACAUCUUCCUUAUCACCUUCGCUCACGCAACUUGCUAUUUAUUCAUCAAUAAAAACAUGCUUUCAUCAAGAUAAGCAUAUUUGUAAUGAAACUAAAGAAAUAUUAGGAGCGAUAAUUGAUAUUUCUAAAAAACUUUUACAAAAACAUUAUAGUUCAUGGCCAUCAACUCUUACAAUAAAAAAAUAUAAAAUUAACUUGAAAAAUUCUAAUAUCAUUCUUGAAUUUCAAACAUUACCGUGGAAAUUUCAACUAGGUGGAAAUACACCUAUUCUUAUAGAUCAAAUGCCAUGUAAUACGGUCAUUCUAGAUAAUUUGAAAUCUAAUUCUAUUGAAUUAAAAAUUCGUGACGAAAAAUGGAGAGUAUUAAUCAAAAACAAUGCAUUAGAAAAUAACAUUAUUUUAAAAGAUAUAUGA